GCCCUUCCUUGCCUUGCUUGAGAGCUCCAUGCCCUGCGACGCGAUUUCUUUACAUCCGCUUGUCCCUUGCAACCACGAUCAAUAAGGCUUGUCUACGAUGCGGACGCGCCCUCUUGCAUCUUCAGAACACCUACACGCCUAACAACGACUCCCACCUCAUCGUCCCACAUCACUCCCACGCUGUCUGGGCUGCCACUUCGGCUGUUCCAGCUGCACGCAUGCACGCGCCGACCAGUCCAUCAUAACACGAUAGCUUCCAGCCCUGCGUAGCCCACCAGGCUGCAAUCGCCCUCACGAUGUCUACCGACGACAUUGAUGAGUACUUCAUCUACGAGAACCGACUUGCAUCUUUCCAUGGCCCACAGCGUGUCACAAAGCGGAGGGCAUCGUCCGCGGCCACAUCUCGCGCCCCAAAGACGCUGUCAUGGCCGCACAAGUCCAUUAAACCUUCUGAUAUGGCCAAGGCAGGCUUUUACUUCCAGCCGUACCCCAGCAACCCAGACAAUGUCAUCUGUUUCCUCUGCAACAAGGCCCUCGACGGCUGGGAGGAGGACGACCGACCCCUCGAGGAGCACCUAAAACACGCACCUGAAUGUGGCUGGGCCAUCACGGCGGCGGUCGAGGCCGAGCUGGGCGAAUACGUGCGCGAGGACCCCAGAGACGCGCUCAUGUCCGAGGCCCGGAAGGCCACCUUUGCCGGACGUUGGCCUCACGAGAGCAGCAAGGGUUGGACGUGCAAGACAAAGCAGCUUGUUGAGGCUGGUUGGAAAUACACGCCAACAUUGGAGUCAGAUGACCAUGCCACUUGCACAUACUGCCACUUGGGCCUUGACGGGUGGGAGAAGGGUGACAAACCUUGGGAUGAACAUUAUAGCCGGGCACCCAACUGCCCCUUUUUCGCCCUGAUCAGCUCGAAGCCGGCCCCUAAGAAGACAGGACGGUCCAAGGCUGCCAGGACUUCCAAGGCCUCCCGCCUGUCGCUACAGUCUGUCGCUACUGUCGCUUCGGACUUGACAUCCCUUGCCGAUGUCACUGCAGAUAUCGACGACAGCGUUCUCACAACAGCGUCCACCAUGACGACGGCUUCUAAGGGGGCCAAGAAGGCCACAAAGGGCAAAAAGGGUCCGACGACAACGAAGACCAGGAAGACUCGUGCGAAGAAGGACGAAGCUGUUGAAGUACCGGAAGACCAACCAGAGCAAGAGGCGGCUCCCGCGCCUCCAUCACCUGCAAAGCCCGCAAGAGGCCGCAAGAGAUCGAGCGAGGAGUUGGAAGAUGCGGUGCUAACCAACGCCGAAGCACCUGCUCCAAAGAAACGAGCCAAGACGCGCAAGGCCCGCGGUAGCACCGCGACCGAGGCCUCUUCGGUUGAUACAGACAUGGUCGAUGCGCCAGAGCCACCCAAAAAGUCCGUAGUCAGGAAGGCGAGGAAGGCGUCUGAUACGCGGAAAACACCUGGGGCUCAGCUCGCCAGAGAAUUAUCGACUGCUUCAGCCGACUCUCCUGGGCCAGUCGCUGUCCCAAGCGACAGCGAGAUCGAUAGACAGCUGGAGGCUGACCUUGAGCGGCCACUGUCGGAUGAUGAGGAUAUCCUGGCUGAUCCGGACAUCAAGAAGAAGACGGCCUCCCGUGUGAAGGUGGAAGCCAAGAACGAUUACAACGAAGACGAGCCUCUUGCCCAUACUGCGACGGCUGAUUUUGCCAUGUUUGACCCUGCGCCGGCCGAGCCAACCGAUGCGCAGGUUGACGCGGACUUGAAGGCUAUGGAGGAUGAGAUGGAUGUUGAUCAGAAGGCCGAGGCAGAACAAAUGGUCGUCCCAAAGAAGGGCCGUAAGGCUGGCACUCGGAAAGUGUCGAAACAAACAGCCGCUAAGAAAAGCGAAGAACCCGCUCUGCCGGUGCUUUCGGAGCAGCCACAGUCCCGCAUGGAUGCAGAGGCAGAAGAGCCGGAUGAGAUCGCAGAGGCAGACGUCAGUUUCGGGAGCAAUGGCACCGUGGUCAGAAAGUCAUUGGGCAGAACAUCGCUCGGGAGAACAUCGCUGGGGAGAACAUCGCUUGGCAGCGUCGUGAGCACUACGAGCACCAAGGGCCCAGCAAAGCGCGGCCGCCCGCCAAAGAAGCCGAAGGUAUCAGAGGCCGUCAAGUCUGAGGCAACUCCGACUGCUGGCCCAACGGCCGCCACGGGGCACACUACAGAACCGACGGACGUUGAGUCCGCCCCCGCCCUGGUCCCGGCGGAUGGCACAACGAAGCGGACAAGCACCGGGAAGCGUGGUCGCCCUCCCAAGAAUCCCAAACCUUUGGAAGUCGGGCCAGAGAUGCCGCCUCCUCACCAGGCAUCAGUCGAGCCAAAGCCACAAAAUAUUGUGACUGAUGUCCAAGUCGAGUCAGCGACGGUGCAAGAAAGCUUCUCGGCAGCAGCCAGCAGUCCUCGGAUCGCCCGAAAACCUGUACCGGCCCCGAAAGAUUCGCCUUUCGCGAUUCGGAAAGAUGAGCCCUCUACCUCGACUUCUACUUCCAAUGUCCUUGCGGUACCACCAAAAACACCACGCCAUAAUGCCUCACCCGCGCAAUCGGCCAAGCAAGCCACCAUCUCGCCAUCCCCUUCCCCACAAGCGUCAGACGCAGAGAACCGGCCUCCCUCCUCCAAGCCGAACACUGCCAGCAGCAAAGGCAAGCGCAUACCACCUGUUUCUCUUCCCACCGCAGUCACGCCUAGCCGUCAGAUGUCGCCUUCCAAGCAGCUCUCUCCGUCAAAACAACAUGCCAUUGGGAGUUUGCAGAGCACAGAGCCUUGGACGGCAGUCGACCUAGAUUCCGUCUUUGGCGGAUUUCAAAAUGACCAGGAGGACACUCAUGGGGCGGCUGACCGCUUUUUCUCCAAAGGUGGCGAGCUCACGGAACAGGAGCGCAACAUGACCGUCGAGGAAUGGAUCUAUUACAACGCUGGCCAAGCUGAGCAGAAGCUUAAGUUCGAGUGCGAAAGCAUGGUUAUGGCGUUUGAGAAGGAAGGAACAAGGGCUAUUAGAGCCCUAGAAGGCCUGGUCGUCGCUGAAUAAGCGGCGCCAAGCGGUUCUUAGAAGGGGAUGUUUGCGUGUUAUGUUGAAGUACAAGUUGAGCCAACAAUGUUGCUCGCGCGAGCAUGUGUCACACGAGGUCAGGAGUUCUUGAGGCUGUGGAAAUUACUAUGGCGUUGUGAUGGAAUCGGCAAGACCUUGGGGCAGGUGAGAUGCCCUUGGAGAUGUUUAUGGGCGGUACAACAUGACUGAUCUCUUCCGGGUUUGCCGUUGAGCAACGAAGGUGAAGGUGAUCGUCAGGCCCGAUCUCAGACAAUGCGGCUUGAGCUCCUUUGCGUUUACCAACACGCAAAGAAGGUGCUCGCUGCGGAUAUCCGAGCAUCGGGAGGUUUAAGUAACUUGCUCUUCUUUCUUCUUCGGUCUGGUUGUUCAGAGUUGGAGCAUCGCAUGGCAAAGGCGUUUUUUGUUUUUAUAUACAUCUCGUUGCUCCUGAAAUUUUAUGUUAUUUUUGCCACUG